AUGAUCGACAUCGAUGGCCGCGACCCUUUACUUGUUAAUGCGACAGGGAAAGUCACUGGAGUCAAGCCAUCCACAACGAAUGCAGGUUACGAGGCCCCGCCUCCAAAAAGCCGCGAGGAGCGGCUGCGAGACUGGUAUGCGCAGCGUGAGAAGCGAGUGGUGGAGACGCCUGUAGAAGUUGCCCGAAGACGGGAAAACAAGGCAGAAGUUUUGGAGGUUUCUGCAAGUUCUGCAAGUUCCUUGGAGCUGCGAAAGCGUGGGAACGACCUCUUUGAGUCAAAGGACUAUGAAGGAGCAGUGGAGCAGUACACUGCAGCCAUCAAGAAGGAGCCCUCCUCUGUCCUCCACAGCAACCGCGCAGCUGCCUACAUGAUGCUGGGCUGGUGGGACCAGGCCCUCCGAGACACCAAGGCCGCACUCCGCAAGGAUCCGGAGAAUUUCAAGGCUUUGGAGCGGCAGGGCCGCAUCCAGCUGGCGCGCGACGACUUGGAUGCGGCGGCGGCGGUGGUUGCCGACCUGGAGCAGCGCGGCCCCAAGGAAAGCUUCGAAGGAGCAGAGCGCCCGGCAGCCGGUAUCCGCCUCCUCCGCUGGCUGGUGCAAGCGGCGCGAGCUGCCUCGACGCUGGAGGAGUGCCGAUCUGUGCUGGAGCAUUGGGGUUCCAAGGCAGAGCUGGUCUCACCCUUCGGCCUCCGCAUCCGGAAGACCCUGGUGAAGUCGCUGGUCGAGGCAAGCGACGCUUUGGACAACCCAAGAAAGAUUCGCCCAGCUUUGGCCUACAACAAGCGGGAGGCAGAGCAUGGGGAUGAAAUCGAGGAGUUGACACCUCUUGCGUUGGAAGCUGUGAGGCUGACCGGGGAGAUAUUGAUCGAUUUCCCCGAAGAUGCAGAUGCCAGAUACUGGCGAGGUCGUGUCCUGCUUCGCUUGGGUCGACAUGCAGAUGCCGAAGCCGAGUUCCAAGAAGGCCUGAAGCUCGAUCAGGAUCACGAGAAGAUCCGGAAUGUACAGAAAACCGUGGAUCAGUUGGAGGAUGCCAAGUCGAAGGCCAACGAGCUGUACAAGGAAGGGCAUGUUGAUCAGGCCAUUGCUCUUUACACCGAGGCCAUCGAUCGCGAUCCUGAUUGCGUGGACACGCGGACAGUGGCUUCGCUCUACUACAACCGGUCGGCCGCACUCCGCAAGCGCGGCGAGUUCGAGAAGGCCCUGGAGGACGCAAACAUGUGCCUGGCGCUGCACCCGAAGUGGACGAAGGCGCUGUACCGUCGUGGCAUACUGCUGCUGGAGUGCGGCAGAUAUGCGGAAGCCUUGACGGAGCUGAAGGUGGUUCAGCGAGCCGACCCUACCUUCGACGACGAUCUGGAGGAUUGGCUCCGUCGCGCGCACCACUGGCUGUCGAAGCCGAAGCAUGAGCACAACUACUACCGCUUCAUGAGCCUUCCCAUGGAUGCAUCCAAUGAGGACAUCAAGAAGCAGUACCGGCGCCUCUGCCUGCUUUGGCAUCCUGACAAAAGUGGCGAGGAGUCCGAAAGCGACAGGGCGCGCUUCGAGGAGCUCCAGAAGGCCCACAAGUUUCUGUUGGAUGACGGCCUGCGUGGGGACUACGACUUUGGCCUCUGGAAGGACCGGCCGGUGCGGCAUCACACCGAGAAGCGUGACAAGGUCAAGGACUCCUGGGACGACCGCAAGCCUGGCGAAGAGGAGGAGAAUGUGCCGCGACACCACUACAACUGGGGCGACCGGCAUCUCAUUGAAGACGAGAAGGUGGAAAGCAUUUACUGGGGUGAUGCGGGAUGCCCAGCAUGGCUGAAAGAGAAGCGGAAGGAGUUCCAGCGCAAGCGCUACGGGGAAGACUAUGCUUGA